AUGCAGUGGAGCCGCCUCAACCUUGUGUGCCUAGCAUUAUGCUGCUUCCACACUGCAUCAGGUAAGGCGGAAGAAUCCCGCCAGUAUGCUCCUUACCAAGAGUUGCACCAUCACGAGCGACACUGGGGGCCGUACUUUGAAGAGAGGAACGUCACUCAAGUGACGGCCCACGUCGGGGCCGAAGCCCUACUCAACUGCAGGGUUGUCAUGCUUAAAGAUAAAACUGUGAUGUGGCUACGACAUGCCACAGAAACAGCGCAACUGCUAACAGUGGGACCAGCACCCUACGCCGGCGAUAACCGAGUAGCUUCAAAAUUCCAGUACCCGAACAACUGGAGACUUAGUAUCAACCCUGUGAAAUGGUCGGAUGCAGGCCGCUACAUGUGCCAAAUAUCGACUCACCCCCCACGAACUAUAUACACGGAUCUCUCUGUAUUGCCUCCAGUCCUAACCAUAAACGGCGAUUCCACGCACGACGUCAAAGAUAAAUUCUACAAAGCCGGUAGUUCGAUCAAACUAACGUGCGUCAUAUCAGACGAAUACGUCUCAACACUGCCCACUAAAGUGCCAAUAGUUAUCACCACGUCGACGAAACCCACGACUCCACAGACUACCACAACGGAAAUGACUACGAGAAUGAGCACAAUAUUCAAUAGAAUAGAUCUAAUGUUAAACAGAAGUUGGAGUGUUGAAACGACAAGAAUAACCUCCACAGUUAGUAUAAGCACAACGACAAAAAGUGAAAGUACGACCGAGGCUGUCCAGCCGGUGACUAGGCCGAUACUGAAUAAUAUUUACGGGUUAGUCUGGAGGAAACAGGGGAAGGAUCUAGUGGACUUUAUUACUUGGAGGAAUAUGAGAACCGAGCUCCGGUUUGGCAGAAAAGUUCAAUACGAUGAAGCAUCUUUGAAAUGUAAAUCCCUCAGUGCGGGCACAAUUGUAACAAGAGUAUUCUUUAGGAAAAAUUCGAGCAACAAAAUGUUGAACAGAUAA